AUGUACAUUCUCAAACUUCCGUGGCUGAAUCACGAAGAGGAGCAUAGGAAACAUGAAGUGUAUUCCCUCAGUAUAAGUCCAGAUGGUUCCAGAUUGGCUUCAGGAGGUCUUGAUGGUAAAGUAAGGAUAUGGUCAGUGGCAGAUAUAUUGAAGUACAGAGACGGCACAUUGGUAAAAGACAACACUUGCAAACCGUUAUGCAGCAUGAGUCGUCACACUGGUGCUGUUACUGUUGUUAAAUUUUCACCAGAUGGACGUUUCUUAGCUUCAGGUUCGGAUGACAAAGUUUUAUUAAUUUGGGAGAAAGAUGAAGAGGCCAGACCUGUCUUUGGAGAGGUUGAUAAUGUUGAGCACUGGACUGUUACUAAAAGGGUUGUUGCCCAUGAUAACGAUAUUCAAGAUAUGGCAUGGGCGCCUGAUUCAAGUAUUUUAGUAACUGUAGGGUUGGAUAGAUCAAUUAUUAUCUGGAAUGGGUCAACUUUUGAAAAGAUCAAAAGGUUUGAUGUGCAUCAGUCUCAUGUGAAAGGUGUGGUAUUUGAUCCUGCUAAUAAAUAUUUUGCUACAAGUUCUGAUGAUAGAUCUAUUAGGAUUUUUAGAUAUCAUAAGGGUUCAGAAAUUUCAUUUUCUAUUGAAAAAAAUGUCUUACAGCCAUUCAAAAAAUCUCCUUUAACCACAUAUUUCAGAAGAUUAUCAUGGUCUCCAGAUGGUCAACAUCUUGCUGCUCCAAAUGCAACAAAUGGACCUGUCACAUCAAUUGCGAUCAUAAACAGGGGAACUUGGGAUUCAGAUAUCAGUUUAAUCGGACAUGAAAGUCCCUGUGAAGUUGCAUCUUUUUCUCCAAUACUUUAUGAAUCUAAUGAAAAUGGUGAAACAAAAAUAUCAUCAACUUUAGCUACUGGUGGCCAAGAUAAAACUUUGGUAAUAUGGAAUACAGCAUCAUCAAGUCCUAUAGUUGUCUUUGAAGAUAUUUUUUAUAAAACUAUUACGGAUCUUUGCUGGACUCCCGAUGGGAAAACUCUAUUUGCAUGUUCAUUGGAUGGUACAAUUGCAGCAAUUGUCUUUGAAGAAAGUGAAUUAGGGAAAAGCGUUCCAUCUAAUAAAACUGAUGAGAUCUUGAAUAGAUAUGGUGUCGAUAAAGAAAGUAUGGUUUUCGCAGAAAGUGCCAAUCAAUUAAUCUUAGAAGAAAAAGCUGCAGAAUUCCAAAAGACUUUAUCAGAUAAACAUAUGGAUCGUUUGUUAAGAAUUGAACAGUCUACCAUACAGAAACCAGCACCUCGCCCCAUCCCACCUCCUGUUUCACAGCCAGCAACUCCACAUCUACCUGCGGCUCCACAACAGGACCCUUCCAAAACUAAACUAAAUAGAGCAGUUUUAACGAAUGGUAAGAAAAGAGUUGCACCAACAUUGAUUUCAGUUUCCUCAGCAUCUACCCACGCAAGUAACAAGUUCCAAAAUGUGACGGUUUCUACGAAAAAAGUUGAGAAUGAAAAAGCAGCAACUAAUUUACUAUCCAAAACUCCAUUCAGUCUUCCCAAGUUUGGUCUACAUACGUCUGUCCAUGGUUAUUUUGUUAAGAAAGUGGUUCAAGAAGAUGAUGAAGAGAAUGAAGGUGAUGAAAUUGAUGAUUAUGAAGAAGAUGAAGAUGAAGAGGACGAAGAGGAUGACUUAUUGUACUCUACAAAGAAAAGAAAAACCAAACAAGAGAUACCUAUAUUACAACUUCAACCAUCAUAUGAUUCUUCAAGGCUGAUUUAUAAAAGACUUAUUGAUGGUGAUCAACAUUCUAUACUGGAGGCUCAAAAUUAUGAAGAUCCAGAAGAUGAUGAACCAACUAUUGUACGAGCAAAGACCAAUGGGAAACUCAUGUUCGAAACUUAUCUAAAAGAUCGAAUUACUGGCAUCACUGGUGAGUUUGACAAAUACUGGAUAUUGGCUACAGAUACGUGUGCCUUGCUGAUUUAUUCACCAACAGGUAGAAUGUUGUACCAGAGAAUUGAACUUGGUUAUAAUAUCAGUUUUAUGAGUUGCAAGGCUGAUAGUUUGAUAGUAUUGACUGAUGAUUAUAUCAUUCAUAGCUAUGAUUUAAAACGUUUCAAGAAGUUGCAUAAGAAAGUUUCGUUAGCACCAAUAAUG